UCGCGGCCUCUCAGAUAAGGGGGCUCGGAGGGAGAGCUCCCAAUCCCCUCCACGGACCCACAGAGCACCUCCACCGCAGGCCCACCCCGCCAGUUUCCAGAGCAGCUCCCCAGGGUUCCUAGGGCUUCCGGAGCUCAACCGGAACCGGAAGCUUCUGGGAACGAGGGGGUGGAGCCGAAAAUCAAAAAAAGCGCGGCGAAGGUCGGAAACCCGAACUGACUGGGUGGUGGGAUUUGGGGGCCUGCGGACGGUCUCGAUGGACUCCACCGCCUGCUUGAAGUCCUUGCUGAUUACCAUCAGUCAGUACAAAGCCGUUAAAUCAGAGGCGAACGCUGCUCAGCUUUUGCGGCACUUGGAGGUAAUUUCAGGACAGAAACUCACACGACUGUUUACAUCAAACCAGAUAUUACCAAGUGAAUGCUUGAGUUGCCUCGUUGAGCUACUUGAAGACCCAAACAUAAGUGCUUCACUGAUCUUAAGUAUUAUCAGUUUGCUGUCUCAACUAGCUGUAGACAAUGAAACCAGAGAUUGUCUUCAGAAUACAUACAAUCUGAAUAGUGUGCUGGCAGGAGUGGUUUGUCGAAGCAGCACUUGCCACAGUGAUUCAGUGUUUUUGCAGUGCAUUCAGCUUCUACAGAGGUUAACGUAUAACGUCAAAAUUUUCCAUUCUGGUGCCAAUAUAGAUGAAUUAAUUACAUUCCUGAUAGAUCAUAUUCAAUCCUCUGAAGAUGAGUUAACAAUGCCUUGUCUAGGAUUAUUGGCAAAUCUUUGUCGGCACAAUCUUUCUGUUCAAACUCACAUAAAGACAUUGAGCAAUGUGAAAUCUUUUUAUCGAACUCUUAUAGCCUUCUUGGCCCAUAGUAGUUUAACUGUGGUUGUGUUUGCACUUUCAAUAUUAUCCAGUUUGACAUUAAAUGAAGAGGUAGGGGAAAAGCUAUUCCAUGCUCGAAACAUUCAUCAGACUUUUCAACUAAUAUUUAAUAUUCUCAUAAACGGUGAUGGUACUCUAACUAGAAAGUAUUCAGUUGACCUACUGAUGGACCUCCUUAAGAAUCCUAAAAUUGCUGAUUAUCUUACCAGGUAUGAGCACUUUUCUUCAUGUCUUAGUCAAGUACUAGGUCUUCUUAAUGGGAAGGAUCCUGAUUCUUCUUCAAAGGUUUUAGAAUUACUUCUUGCCUUCUGUUCAGUGACUCAGCUACGGCAUGUGCUCACUCAGAUGAUGUUUGAACACUCUCCAUCUGGCAACAUUCUGGGAAACCGUUCUAAAUGUUUAGAACCUACUGUGGCUCUACUUCGUUGGUUAAGCCAACCUUUGGACGGAUCAGAAAACUGUUCUGUUUUAGCAUUGGAAUUAUUCAAGGAAUUGUUUGAGGAUGUCAUAGACACUGCUAACUGUCCAGCAGCUGACCAUUUUGUGACCCUUCUGCUGCCUACAAUCCUUGAUCAGCUUCAGUUCACAGAACAAAAUCUAGAUGAAGCCUUAAUAAGAAAAAAAUGUGAAAGGAUGGUCAGGUCCAUUGAAGUUUUGUUAACUCUGUGUGGAGAUGAUACUCUGAAAAUGCAUAUUGCAAAAAUUCUGACUACUAUGAAAUGUACCACUCUGAUAGAACAACAAUUUACAUAUGGCAAGAUUGACCUGGGGUUUGGAACAAAGGUAGCAGAUUCUGAAUUAUGCAAACUUGCUGCUGAUGUGGUUUUGAAAACUCUCAAUUUGAUGAACAAACUUAAACAGUUGGUUCCUGGUAUGGAAGUAAGCUUCUACAAAAUCCUUCAGGAUCCACGUUUGAUUACUCCUUUGGCUUUUGCUUUAACAUCAGAUAAUAGAGAACAAGUGCAGUCUGGACUGGGAAUAUUAUUGGAAGCUGCUCCACUGCCAGAUUUCCCUGCUUUAGUACUUGGAGAAAGUAUAGCAGCGAACAAUGCCUAUAGACAACAGGAAACAGAACAUAUGCCCAGAAGAGUUCCUUUGCAAUCAUUAAAUCACAGUUUUCCAACAUCAGUAAAAUGUUUAACUCCUCCUCUUUUGAAAGAUAGCAUUCCUGGAUUGAACAUUGAGGAAUUAAUAGAAAAACUUCAAUCAGGAGUGGUGGUAAAGGACCAGAUUAAUGAUGUGAGAAUAUCUGACAUAAUGGAUGUAUAUGAGAUGAAGCUGUCCACAUUAGCUUCCAAAGAAAGCAGGCUACAAGAUCUCUUGGAAGCAAAAGCUCUAGCCCUUGCCCAGGCAGAUAGACUGAUUGCUCAGUAUCGCUGCCAAAGAACUCAAGCUGAGACAGAGGCACGGACACUUGCUGGUAUGUUGAGAGAAGUUGAGAGAAAAAAUGAAGAACUUAGUGUUUUGCUGAAGUCACAACAGACUGAAUCAGAGAGAGCCCAGAGUGAUAUUGAACAACUCUUUCAACAUAAUAGAAAGUUAGAGUCUGUGGCUGAAGAACAUGAAAUAUUGACAAAGUCUUACAUGGAACUUCUUCAGAGAAAUGAAACUACUGAAAAGAAGAAUAAAGAUUUACAGAUCACAUGUGAUUCUCUGAAUAAACAAAUUGAGACAGUGAAAAAGUUGAAUGAGUCACUCAAGCAACAAAAUGAAAAAACUGUUGCUCAAUUAAUAGAGAAAGAAGAACAGAAAAAAGAAGUACAGAACCAGCUAGUAGACAAAGAAUAUAAACUAACAAAUUUGCAUCAAAAAUCAAAAGUACAAGAAGAAAAGAUUAAAGUUUUACAAAAGGAGAGGGAAGAUAAGGAAGAAACUAUUGAUAUCCUUAGAAAAGAAUUAAGCAGAACAGAACAAAUAAGAAAAGAGUUGAGCAUUAAGGCUUCCUCACUAGAGGUUCAAAAGGCACAAUUAGAAGGUCGUUUGGAGGAGAAAGAGUCCUUGGUGAAACUUCAACAAGAGGAGUUGAACAAACAUUCUCACAUGAUAGCAAUGAUCCACAGUUUAAGUGGUGGAAAAAUAAGUCCAGAAACUGUGAAUCUCAGUAUAUAGACAUUAUGGCAUUUUUGAAUUUGUAAACUAAUGUAAUUUUUUAUGUAUUUAUCUAUUGGAGGGAGGCGAGUAGGGGAGGUAAUUUGUGACUCCAAAACAAUAGAAAAUUAUUAUCUAAGUAUUAAUUUAGUAAAGAAACCUGAUCUGAAA